AUGAGUGUGUGUUGCCCCCCCUUAAAAAGGGGAGCCCCCGGGCGCGGUGGUGGCGACGCCGCUGUGUCCGGAGUGAGAGAAGGUACGAUCCCGGGGAACGCAUGGCGACCCGGGGCGGCCCGGUGGCCAGACCACCAACGGCUGAAUCUGGUCGCUGUUGGUGUGUCUGUGAGAGAGUCCCCGACCCGUGUCGGGGCACCGGGCGGCAGGCGGUGUUGCUGUUCCACCGCCUUGCGCCCGGCGUGGAGGGGGGCGGAGGGUGCUUGCACCCGAAGUCCCAACCUAGACACUCGGGGCGGCGGAUGUAGGGGCAUCCUAAGCUCCAGGGAGGAGAGUGAUCAGAGGAGGGUGGGCGCGGAGUGGUCCCCGCGCCCGCAUCCGAGCGGCUCCUUCAAUGGAGACCCGCGGCCGGCAUGCGGACGAAUGCUUCGGCGGACCCGCAUGACGGCGCUUUCACGCGGUUGUAAAGGAGGAACACCGGGGGGUUUUGGUUUCCAUGACGGACUCCGUCACAUUGGCGGACGCCGACACGGUGCGGUCGGCGGCGAGGUCGCGGCCCGUCUCGCGAGCAAGGUCGCGGGCAUCUCGGCCUCUUCAGCGUCGUCGACGCGCUCCACGCGCUCGACGCGCUCGAUGCUGGUAGAGGACGAUUUGUCCGGCUGCCUUGUGUCGAGCGAGGACGGGCUGGCGAAGGCGGCCGUGCCGAAGCGGCCGCACGUGGAUGGACCGGGCCCUUCCGGGGCGGCGGGCAAGCCGUCCAAAAUCCCCUGCCCGUCGUCCGGGAAUGGGAUUGUCCUGGCGGUGCCCGUGGGCCGUGGCACAAAGAGUCCGGCAACGUCGCCGAAGUCCCGGCGGCAGGAAAAACGAGGGGACGACGGGUUGUUCGUCCGACCCUCGGAGGUCCCUGCGGGAAAGGAGAAGGUCCCCCCAAUGGAUGACUCGCAGCCUGUGGCCGUCUUCAGGGCGGAGGCCCAGAGAAAGCUCGGGGCUGCCCUGGACACGGUGCACAGGUGCGGAAACCUAAAGGGGACCGACCAGAAGCGGCUGAAGGAGAGCAUCAGCUCCGUGAUGCUGAUGGCGGAGGAACUGGACGGGAGUGCCGUCAUCGACAGCGAGUUCACCGCGAGCGCCGUCAAACGGCGAAUGCUGGAGGCGCAGGUGGAGGAGCUCCGUAAGGAGAACAAGGAGCUCCGAAACCAGCUCCUGGCGCUCCAAGCCGAGAUGCGGCAGCUCGCGGCGAACUCGGGGUCGCAACCUCCUUCGGCCGCUUCCCAGGCGCCGCAGGGGCCUGCGAGGGUAAGGGCACCUGCCCCGACCCCUGAGCUAGAUGAGGUCGGGGCCUUCAGGGCGGAAAUAAUGAGGGCCACCGGGGAGUUGAUAGAUGCCCGAAUAGGGAUCCAAAUUGAGAAGGGCAUCAGGGAGAUAAAGGCCGCCCUGGGUCUCAACUCCCCGGCGACAUCAAUCCGCCCUGAGCACCGCCCGCCGCUGCAAAGCGACGGGCAAUACGAGGUGUUGUCCCGGCUCCCCGGCGCAGGGGGACCGGGCUUCAGGGACGCUCCCCAUCUGCGGGGGGCGCGAGGCGCAGAAUUCCCGCCGCUUCAACCCGCCAACCGGCCUGCCUCUGGCAGCCAACAGCCGGGGCCGUCGGGCGCGGGGCGCGCAACCGAGGGCUGGAGCACAGUGGUACGACGGGGCGGCAAAAACCGCAACGUCCCUGAGAGGCAGACCCAGAGUACUCAGAGUACUCAGAGGACCUCUGGGGCUCCUUCUCAGGGGAAGAAGGGAAAGCCGGCCCCGCCGUCGCCAUCAAAGUUGCGUGCCCCGCGAUCGGCGGCGGUGGUGGUUACACUGUGCCCGGAGGCAGAAGCGGCGGGAGUGACUUACUCCGCCGUCCUCAAGGAGGCGAAGGAUAAGAUCGACCUCGCCUCCUUGGGGAUAGGAAGCCUGCGCUUCAAGACCGCGGCUACUGGGGCCCGGAUCCUGGAGAUCCCAGGGUCCCAGACGGGAGACCAGGCCGACGCGCUCGCGUCGAAGUUCCGGGACGUGUUCCCGGACGGUACGGUCCGUAUCGCCAGGCCCACCAAGACCGCGGAGAUGAGGAUGGAGGCUUCCAUCGUCCAGGCCUGGGUUCCCAUACCGGAGGGGCCUGUGGAGGUCGACGCAGAGGUGGGCUGGUUCGGUGAGGCUCUGUCGCACAUUUGCGACGCGGCGAUGCCCCGAGCCGGCCCUCGACCUCCUAGGCGUCAGGUGUACUGGUGGUCGGAGGAGAUAGCGGCGUUGAGGGAGGAGUGCUCCGCCGCCCGCCGCCGGUACACCAGGCACCGCCGACUCAGGCGGGGCCGCGACGCCGACGAGGAAGCACAGCUGUACGAGCAGUACAAAGAGAGGAAGAAAGCUCUGCAGCUGUCCAUCAGCAGGGCCAAGGAGACAGCCAGGGAAGAACUCCUGGAGACCCUGGACAGGGAUCCAUGGGGGCGUCCUUAUAGGUUCGUCAGGGGCAAAUUACGCCCCUGGGCGCCCCCCGUGGCAGAGGGUCUCCAGCCGCAGCAGUUGGAGGAGGUGUUGGAGGAGCUGUUCCCGAGACAGCCUCCCUUCACACCUCCUCCGAUGAUGCCGCGUGGCAGUGAUGGAGAGGCCAGCGGCGUCAGCGCUGCUGCGGUUCCUGCCAUCACCGUGGAGGGUCCGGAUGGCAUCCACGGCCGCGUCCUGGCCUUGGCCCUAAACACCCUAGGGGACCGACUCCGGCGCUUGUUCAAUGCGUGUCUGGAGUCGGGACGGUUUCCCAAUCAGUGGAAAGCGGGUAGAGUGGUCCUGCUCCGCAAAGCGGAGCACCCCGCAGGUUCGGUGGUUCCCUCGGCGUUCCGCCCCAUAGUGCUGUUGGACGAGAUCGGCAAGCUCUUCGAGAGAAUCUUGGCGGGCCGACUCGUCCAACACCUGUCUCAGGUAGGUCCCGAUCUCAGCCCGAAGCAGUUCGGGUUCCGAGAGGGGCGCUCGACGAUAGACGCGAUCUCGCGUGUGCGCUCCCUCUCGGAAGAGGCGACGUCCCAGGGUGGGGUGUUGUUGGCGGUCUCGUUGGACAUAAAGAACGCCUUCAACACCCUGCCCUUUGCGACUAUUAGGGAGGCGCUGCAGUACCAUCGCGCGCCUCCCUACAUUCGGGACGUGAUCGGGGCCUAUCUCGAAGACAGGUCUGUGCUCUGCACGGGGCGGAACGGCGUUGUAGUGCCGAGGGACAUGCAACGCGGUGUUCCACAGGGGUCGGUUCUGGGCCCGAUCCUGUGGAACAUCGGGUAUGAUUGGAACCUGCGGGGCGCCCUUUUAACGGGCACUGACCUCGUGUGUUACGCGGAUGACACCUUGGUCACUGCCCGGGGGCGGGACCUACGGGAGGCUACCCGCUUUGCCACGGCAAGCGUGGCACUGGUCGUCGGCCGAAUAAGGAGGCUUGGGCUCCAGGUGGCGCUGGAGAAGACCGAGGUCCUAUGUUUUCAUGGGCCUCGGCGCGCGCCACCUCCGGAUGCCCAGCUGGUCGUCAGUGGCCAGAGGGUGGGGGUCAAGCCCUGUAUUAGGUAUUUGGGGCUUGACCUGGACAGUCGUUGGAGCUUCCGCGCUCACUUUCGGAACCUGGUCCCUCGCCUUAUGGCAGCCGCCGGCGCUCUUAGCUGGCUGCUGCCAAAUGUGAGGGGCCCGGGAGAAGGUUCCCGCCGCCUAUACCUCGGCGUGGUGCGGUCCAUGGCCCUGUACGGGGCCCCCAUCUGGGUGGGGGCCCUAGGUAGGGAAAAUGUGGCCUGCCUUAACAGGCCACACAGGGUCAUGGCCAUACGGGCCAUAAGAGGCUACCGCACCAUAUCCGGGGAAGCGGCGGGUCUGCUGGCGGGGUCUCCUCCGUGGGACUUGGUAGCGGAGCUCCACGCGUCAGUGUAUCACUGGCGCGCGGAGCGACGUUCCAUGGGGGAGGCACCCGCUGGCCAUGAGAUUGGAGCGCGGAGGUCCGACUUUCGGCGGAUCCUCAGGAUCAGGUGGAGAGAAAGGCUGGCCAGUCCAUCGGCCGGCCUGAGGACCGUCGAGGCUGUCCGUCCCAUCCUCAAAAGAUGGAUGAAUAGGAGAUGGCCACUGACGUACCGCAUGACACAGAUACUGUCCGGGCACGGGUGCUUCGGGCGGUAUCUGUGUCAUGUGGCGAGGAAGGAGCCGACGACCGGCUGCCACGAGUGCGGAGGUGUGGAGGACACGGCGCAACACACGCUGGACGAAUGUCCAGCGUUCGAGAGUGAGCGCCGUGUCCUCACACGAAUAGUGGGGGACGAUCUCUCGCUGCCGAAUUUAGUUCGGAGGAUGAUCAGUAGCGAGAGAUCGUGGCUGGCGGUGAGCUCCUUCUGCGAGGAAGUUAUCUCGCGGAAGGAGGCGGCGGAAAGGGAGCGGGAGUCAGAUCGUCCCGCUUCCCUCCGCCGCAGAAGAGCCAGGCCUAGAGGUGGGGGCGUACCCAACUCCGCCCCCCUCUAUCCCCCACUGGGGCCGGGGUGACUGCCUUGAGGGAGGCAGUCCCCCAAUCCAAAGGCCCCGGAGGUGUGCGCGUGUACCCACACGCCUCCACAAUGGAGUAGGGCGAAAUAGGUCGCCCUAACCACAAAACGAGAUGGGGCCUGCCCUACAACAUCUACAGGGCGGGCCGUCGCCGUCGGAGCUGGGGUAGAAUGCACUUGCGAAUCCCCUGGCUCCGGCAUAGGCGCUCGUAGGUACACCGUGUGGUUUUUAGUGAGUCAAGUCUCACACACCACCUCGCCAUCCCUCCG